AUGGCACCAAAGAAUGAGGGCGGCCAGGGUGGCAGAGAAGGUAACUCCAGGGGUGAGUGCUACACAUGCGGCAGUACAGGUCAUCUCUCUCGUGACUGCGCUCAAACCGAUAACAAGGGGGGUAGAGGUAGGACAUGCGAUAGAGGCGGAGGGUAUGACUUCUCUAGAGCUACAGGCGGAAGCUUGCAAGAACACAAUUUGAUCGAAGUACCCUGGCCUUGCGACGACGACGACGACUUCAAAUCGCGCAGUUACGAGACGUCCCCUAAAUCUUUCCGCUUUGGCAUCAACUACGACGAAGAGCCUACCGACAUCGAUGUACAUCGUCUCCGUCAGGCGUGGAGUGAUCUAGAUCUUCGCUUUCCGGCCGAGCACCAUUCGGAACAUAUCGAGGCGUGGCAGCAAUUUCUAAACUCACCUGAAGAGGAUAAAUACCGCCGGUUCAAAGUUAUAGUCAUCGAAGAUUUUACCAUGUGCGGGCGGGAUUUGCUAUUGUUCCAUUGGAAUAACGAGGGGCUGCCGGAGCAUCAUCUCCAUGUUCUCUUACUGCUUGGUCCCUUUCCAGAUGAAAUAUCGCAAUGGAUAGAAGCGAAUUCAAGGCCGAAGGAGAGGGAUGAGAAGUGGUAUGAUACGAUGAGAGACUAUUAUCUCGACUACUUGCGUGGUGAGUAUAUUACGAAGGACCUCGAACCUUUGAUCACAGGCAGACCGGUAGCUUUCGAAGUGCGGAAGACCGUGGAGCUCUAA